AUGAAUGCUCCUAGCAGAUCGGAAUACAAUUGUCGGUUGCCGUUGUCCACUUCCAUGCCAGCAUUUUCGAAAUUAAAUCAUCGGCGACGUAUUACUUGUUUCAAUUGUAAUUUACCUUUGGGUUAUAUUCCUCUAAAUGCUGCAUAUCUGGAAGCAGGCCUAAGCAAGUUAUACAAAUUGACAGAAGGAUCUGUACCGACUCCGUGCUCGCAACAGUCCCGCGUCAGAAGUAGCCUGAUGGAGCGAUUUCUCUCGAUGGGUACAGGUUCGAAUGUGAAUAAUGCCGAACGUGUUGAUGUACGACACAGAGUUUCAAAAAGAGUCACUCUACAUAGCAUUCUCAUGCAGGAACGCGUCGAUGAGAAUUUGGAUAAUCGUAUGUUCCUACCUAUUUUUCUUCCGGAUGCUAUCAAUAUACGGGUGGAUCGACGAUGUUCCAUCGCGGAUUUCAAAGAAGAUGAAUACGAUCCGUGUGGUAUCCCGCAUUUCUUCAAAUCAUUUGGGGAUGCAAUUCAAUCCGCGGAUAAUGUGAAUUGCACUGGAUGCGAGACAUGUCUAGGUGUACGAUUUCAUCCGAACUCAACUGAUCAAAAAAUUCUAAUGGGUGGAUGGAGAUCGUCGCGUAUGGCUNCCAUAUUCGACGACGAGAGUGAACACAUGGAUCGAGAAAUGCACCGUGCCAGUGUCACAUUCCACACACAACCUCUAUCUAUGAACACAGUGGAAGAAGACGGCUGGAUCACUCUGUCCCUUGAGCGAGUCCUUAUUGAGCCGUUAUUCGGUUUAGUCGGGCUGGAUCAGUUCUCCAUCCGAUACGAGGGUGGUGAAAUGUCACCAGUUUUCUAUCGAAGUAUUGAAACCAAUCCGUUAUUCUCACAGAACUCCGCUACCUGGAUGUGGCCAGCACGUCGAAGCAAAUCUGAGCGAUUACCGAAUGUGAAGCCCAGUACACAACAAGCCUCCGGUUGGCGAAAAACAUACUACGAUCUCGAACGGCUUGAUAAAUGUGUUCCACACACACUGGGACACGGAAAUCUGGUGGAAGCGACUGUUCGUCGACUCAUUCCUAUCUAUCCAACAGACAAUCAGGAGACUCAAGUAAAAGUUGAAUCCGAAAAUCAGGAAGAUUAG